AUGGCGCCACCCUUGGUCCGUCUGGACGCCAAUCUCAACCGUAUCCCCUUCUUGGUUCCCGUCUCCUUCGCGACCCAGCCAGAUUGCCUUGCCUCAGCAGCGACCCUCUCUGCGUCUGCCUCGUACGUCCCUCAACCACUCAUCCUGAUCAAUCAAGUGAACGCGCGCGGCGCUCGCAAAUCAGAAGUCGAGAAGGACUCCUAA